CUGGGUAGGGAAAUACUCCCAACUCGACCAAGAGAACGUUUGCCACUUUGAGAAGGAACGACGCGCGUCCCUGCGAGUUACCGCCGCAGCCGCCUCCGUCGGCGUUUUGUUCGUUCGGUAGUCGAUAUUAUCGUUCCUUCCUUGCCGCGUAAUCAGUGCCAGACGAGAUCAGCUCAUCGACCUCGUUAUCGAUGACCCCACUUAAUCGGUUGCUCCGCGAUGGACCAUCGGACCGCGUUUGCCGUAGAAUCAUGAACAACAAAGAGUGAUACCCUCGUGAUACAUAGUGAAAUCGGCGAUACAGUUAUCCAAGAUUUAGUGACAGUGCAAUUCGUACAUAUAUAACAGUGAACGUGUUUUGUGAUCAUAACUUUUUUUGAUCCAAUCGACUAAAGUCGGUUUUUGUGUUUCUUAGUAUGCUUUGAAAUUGCAUGAUAAUAAUAACAGAUUCGAACAUAAAGUGAUAAAUCAUAGGAACCUAGAGGACUGUAGACCUGAUGGACCACGGAGCAAUGGAUAGUUCUUCUGAACAUAGUAGUCGAGCCAGUCCAGUUACUGGUAGUCCAAAGAAUCCACACAGUCCAUCUGCUCAGCAGACUCCACAACAUCAACUUCACAACUCCCAUCAGACACCAUCAUCACAUCAGCAACCUCACCCUAGAGAUCAAAUUCGUGAUCAUCAUCGUGGUUUGCCAACACCUCGAUCUCCAACAAGAGGAUCACCACCUCAGAGUUUACCACUGAGUCCUCCGCCCUUAUCAGCUGGAGUAGGUCCUGGAGCACCUCCAGGCAUGGUACCACGUAUGCCCGGGCUUCCGCCGCCCGGAUUAGGACUUUUGAGUCAACUUGGUGGUAUGUUAUCUGGUCAUCAUGGUUCACCUUUGGAACUUAUGGCCGCUCAUCAUGGUGUCCUUCCACCCAGAUCUUACAACAGUCCACCACCAAUUAGUUCCAGUGAUCCAACUGCAAAUGAGUGCCAAAUGGUUGAAUAUCGUGGAAGAAAUGUCGCAGCCUUUAUCAUCAAUGGAGAUACAAUGCUCUGUCUACCACAAGCAUUUGACUUUUUUCUUAAGAAUCUUGUGGGUGGUCUUCACACAGUGUACACUAAACUCAAGAGACUUGAUAUCGUGCCAUUGGUGUGCAAUGUGGAGCAAGUUAGGAUCCUUCGUGGUCUCGGCGCUAUUCAGCCAGGAGUAAAUCGGUGCAAACUGCUUAGCUGCAAGGAUUUUGACGUUCUCUACAGGGACUGCACAACUGCCAGCAGCUACAGAUGGCGGCUUUCAAAAAGUACCUUUUCGAACUGGCCUGGAAGACCACCAAAGAGAGCAUCUGUUGGUCUCAGUUUGACGGCAAAUCAUCUCGCAGCGGCUGGUCAUCAUCAGAUGAAGAAGCAUCGUUUGGACAAUGGCGAAUACUAUGAAAAUGGACAUCUCGACAUGCCACGAAUGGAGAAAUCUCCCUUGCUGGCGAACGGAUAUAAUCAUCCACCGACGCACCUCACCCAAAUGCAGUUCAUGCAACUUGGCCAUCCAAUUGCCGGUCAUGCCAUUCUGUCAUCGGCGAGCUUAUCUCAGCAACUUCAUUCUCGUGCAGAGCAGGGCCUUAAGGUCAAUCCGAAUAUACCCAUGGAAGUAUUUGCAAGGUCCGUUGGUGGUUUGACGUUGGACAACUGCAGGGGACUUUACGAGGACUUCGCCAAACAUUAUGAAAGGUUGAAGGACGAUCGAAGUGAAGGAGAAAGAGUAUUAGCUUUAGAUUGUAAACCACGGAAUCCCAGUUCGCACAAUGGUUCUUCGGUAGGUCACAGUCCAGUCUUGAAUCUAUCGAAAACGGCAUUAAGUGGUAGUGUAGGUGAACACUCUGGAAGUGAAGCUGGAGCGUCACAUCGGUCCCAAGAUGACGAAGAGGAAGAUGAUAAUUUAUCAGAGGACCUUGAGGAGGAUAAUCUAAAGGAUGAAGAUCUUUCGGACGUUCCGGAGAAUCUACCAUUAAGGGCGCGAGGUUCAGAGAGUCCCCAAGCGUUGAACUAUUCGCAGAUAGCCUCAGCAGUAUCGCAGAGUACGCAGGAUCCCUCUGUUUCGAGCACGGAAACAAUGCUCAGGAAUAUCCAGGGUCUUCUGAAGAUUGCGGCUGACAACGCACGGCAGCAGGAGAAGCAAAUCAACUAUGAGAAAGCUGAACUACAAAUGGACGUAUUACGAGAGAGGCAAGUCAAGGACAGUCUAGAGCGACAACUCCAAGAUGAGCAGAAAAUUCGAGUGGCGUACCAAAAGCGGCUAAAGAAGGAACGGAGAGCAAGAAGACGACUUCAAGAUCAAUUGGACCUUGAGGUAAAGAGGCGCACACAAUUAGAAGAUGCACUCAAGGCCACCGGUGCCACAACAGAACAAGUCAGGUCCAUUACCGAAAACGUUAAAACAGAAACACGAACGAGUGUAGAACAAUCGGAGGAGAAUUCGAUACAUUCACAAUCGCAACAGUCGAAUAAUCAACAGCCAAGUUCACAAACGCCCGUUAAACAACAAUCACAGCAACAACAACAACAGCAGCAGCAACAACAGAAACAACAACAAAAUCAACAAUAUCGAGAGGCUCAAGUUUCUCGUCCACCUCAACAACCGCCAACACCGGAGAAACCAGGCUGGGGAUACAGUGGACUGGAUCUCAUUAGCAACCAAUUCUGGCAAAAUUAUCAAGAAUCGAUGCCACCAGACUUCGAAUUGGAGAGAAAGACACGUCAGCAUCAGACCUCCGAAAGGGACCAGGUCAAGUCUCCUCUUCAAGAUUCCCGUGCGGGUUACUACAAAAAUUCAGUUCUCUUUACAAGUGCAACCUAGAAAAAAAUGGAGGACGAGCGAUAAAGAAUCGCGAAUUACCGGAAAUUCGACAUCGAUGCCGAGUGACUCGACCAAAGGAUCCCUGCUUUUUUUUGGGGGAGGGAUGAAAAUAAAGCCAGAGAAAUUCCUUAUUCUCACUCAAGAUGACUGAGCAAAAAAAUAAAAUGAAGAUUUGUUUCUAUCAGUGAUAUAAAUAGUUCGUGCAACUAAGGAAAUAAGAACUGUAAAAACAAAACGAAAAAAGGAACAAAUUAUAGACUUCCAGUGGUGAAGCGAUUACUCUCGUCGUAUAAAACAUGAGAGAGAAAGAGAGAUAGAGAGAGGUGUCUUUCGUGUUGCAUUCAUGAGAGUAAAAAUAAAGAAGCAAUGAAAUCGUGCAUUAAAAGGCCUGCGCUUGAAAAGUUGCAGGUCGUGACUCAAGAGAGAGACAGAACAUAGAAAUCUCAACUCGUGCGUCAAGAAAUCAUUUUAAAAAAAAGUGAAAAUUGGCAUCAUAAUGAAACACUUCUAUUACACACUUCAAAAAAUGUAGAAUCAUUAAAGUGCAGUGAAUUUAUAAGUCGCAUUUAAUAAAAAAAAAAAAACAUAUCAACGGCGCACAUAAAUAAAAAUUCAUCGCGAUUCCUUUUUUCAUACUUGGUUGUUAGCUUUAGAUGCAAAAAAAAAAAAAAAACUAAAACUCAACGCUUGGAAAGCGUUUGAUCACGUGGCCAUAGGUAAAGUAAAUGACAAAAGAAAAGGGACUUGUCAUAUUUUCUUUGCCUCUUUUCCCACAAAAUAUCGACUUUCGUAAUCGUACUAUAUAUUAUAAAUAAAUCUAUACAUACGCGUUAAAAAUAGAGAAAAAAAAAGAAAGCGAGAUAGAUAUAAAAUAAAGGAAAAGAGGCGAAGCGAUAAUAAAAAAGAGAUAUUUAUAAAGACUGUUUGAGAGUGCGUGCGAUGCGUGCAUGUGUUCCUAGAGAGACAUACCUAUCCCAUAUUGAGCGAUAACUAGUUAAUUAUUAAUUUUAAGAGAACGACGAUCCGUUAUGUGUCUUCAUCUCUUUUUAUUGCUAACGAACGUUACAGGGAAUAAACAAUUUUUAGUUGCUACUUGAAAAACAAUAAUAAAAUUUUAGCAAAAACUUGACUAGGUUAAGAAACAAAAAUAGACUGAUUAGAGACUUUAAAUACAUUUUUCAAGAGAUGAAAAAUUAAUCUAUUAUCUUAGUUUCAAAAUAAUGGAUAAUUUAUAAAAAAAAUAUUUGACAAUUCGAAACUUAUUUCACAUGCGUUAGAAUCAUAAGUUGUUUAAUAUACUUACAUUGAAAAAAAAUUUAUUUGAUUCAAAUAAUCGAUUUAUUUGGACCAAAAAAAUAUUUAAUAAUUUUCGGAAAAAUUAACAGCGCUUAUUUUUAUUACCAUUAAUUAUUAAUACAUAAUAAAUAUUAAUAUUAAUUAUUAAAUAUUAAUGUCUUUUUAUAUAUUAAAAUACUUGUCAUUACUGUCUUUUCACUCUAGUGACAAAUUGUCAAUAAAAUUACUAGAGUUACUUUAUUACCAUUUUUAAUAUAAACAGUUUUUUUACUCACAAUUUUUUCGCAAACAUCCUGUAGCGUUCGUUUUGGAGAUAUUAUAUCGAUGCGAGGAGACGAUUCGAUCUUCCUGAAAAAAAAAAAAAUAAAUAAAGCUUUUUGUAUAGUAGCAUCCAAAGUAAAUGGUCUCCUCGUAAGAUAACGUGAACGUCGUUCGAAAAUCGCGAUUCUCGAAAAAUUGUAUUAUAGAAACGACAGAAGACUUUUAGCUUCUCGAAACCUAACACUUUAUUUAUAUAUAUAAAUAUAUAUAUAUAUAUAUAUAACAAAACUUAGUUAUUUACCAAGUGACUAAGUCUAAUUACAUGUGCGUGUGUCUCGCGUUAUAUAUAUAAAUAUAUAUAUAUUAUGUACGAUUGCCUCGUGGUGAAAUAUUUUCGUGUCUCGAAAAAAAAAUAAAUCAAAACUAAUGCAAAAGUUUUGGUUAUAGAAAAAAUAAAAAAAAAAAAAGAAAAAAAUGAAUGCGAGAUUUUCCACGAAAAAUAUUAUUUAGUCGGAGGCGCUUGCAUAUGUAAGAUCCGUGUACAAAGUCUUUUACCCGUAAGUUUUUUGUGUUGUAAAGUUCACAUAAUCAUAGUGUCUAGGUACUGGCUAAGUCUAUUACAAGAAGUUAACCGUAGAGUCAAGAAUUUAACCACCGAUAGCUGAUCCGUAUUUGCCAUCAUCACACAUGUAAAACACACAUAUACACACAUAAAAAAAAAUACAGCAACACGCCUAUAAACCACAAAACUACGGAGUAUAUCGUACUAUUUUCCACGCAUAUGGCAAGAUCAAUCGCCAAAAAAAAAAAAUAUAAGAAAGAGGGAAAGGAAACGUAAAUUGUUUAAUCGAUUUUCGUUUCUUUUUCACGAUACCGCGCAAUUUUUUUUUUUUUAGGGACUCAAAAAAGAAAAAUAAGAUUCGAAUCGCAAUUUUUUACGUUAUUGGCGGAGAUGGAUCGAAGAAAGAAGAUUUUUAAAAAACAAAUAAUAGUGAUAUGUAAAAUCACUUAAAAAGUCCAUGAAAAAAAAAAAUGAAAUAGUCACUUUCUUUGGUUCAUGAAAAAAAAAUCGUGAUUUUUGUGAUUGGAUAACUUGUACGAGAUAGUAUCGAGACACAAAGUGUACUCAUGUAAUUCAGCAUUACUACCUAUAAUUAAAUAGUUGUUAUUGUAAA